AAUAUGGAUCAAGACUUGAAUGAGAAUUUAAUUAAGUUGAGUUUACUUAUGAGACAAUCAAAUACUAAAAAACCUAUUUAUAAUCCCUCUAAAUAUUCAAAUUUGCAUCUCAUCUUAGCAAGAUCAGUUAGCAUCAGCACUCAAUCAUCCUCCCGAAUGAUUUAAAUCAAAUCUAAUUUGAAUACAUAAAAUAAUAGCAAGGCACAACUGAUUCCAUAAGAAAAGUAAGAACUUAUUGUAUUAUGAUCUCCAGAUAUUUUGUCAGUAGAAGAAUGUCAUUGGCAAAGUAAUUAAAGACAUGUGAUUCCUAUUUAUAAAAACACAAAAUCGAGAGUCAAUUCGUGAAAACCGACAAUCUAUGUGGUUUAAAAAAAGUAUUCGAAAUCGGAAAGACCCUUCUUUGA